UGCCCUGGUUAAUAAUCAGGUUUGCCUGUGAUAAUUUUGCCAAGAGGAAGAUGAAGUGGUUUAAUAAUUGUGGACUAUCAAUAAAUCGGGCAUUGUCGACUUCAAAUGCAAUCCGGACAACUAUAGCGAGCUACAAACGAAAAAGAAAAGGAAAGCACUACAGAAUGGUUGGGAGAUUAAUUGAUAUCGAUGUUGAUAGUUUUACAUGGUAUGAUGCUUGCACAUUUUGUGGACUUGAUAUACAACAUGGUAGUGAGCAUAUGAUUUGUAGUAAUUGUAACAAAGAAAAGCCUCCAACAACUAUUAGUGUUUCUGGAUAUAUGAGUAUAUUCGACUCUACCGGUACAAUGUGUGUCAAGCUCUUUACAAAACAGAUUGAGUUUAUACUCCAUUCAACUAAAGCAAAAUUGAAGCACAUGUUUGAUGCGGUGCAUGAUAGAGUUUUGCUACGAUCCGAACUUCUUACACGUGUGCGCAAUGCAUAUAUUUUUGUAUUUCAUCCUCUUCAUCUAUCGGCUUAUAUAGUAGACUAUGUAACUUAUGUCGACUGGGCAGAAGAAUGUGCAUAUUUAUUUAAGUAAUUACUAUUUCAUCUUUCAUUA